AUGGAACCGGAUCAGGAUCAAGAAUAUUUCAGUUGUAGCGGUACUCUGCUUGUUUCGAAUAUGGAUCAAGAAUACUUCAGGAUGGAACCUAAUAUCUACGUUCUGUUUCGCUUCAAUGUCUCUGGAGUACGCCGUCUCAGGGAUAUGAGUAUUUCGCGCUUCUCAGCUAGAAGCUUUGAUAUUCAUAGGUUGGAUGACUACCUUCGACUUUCCGGUGGUACAAACAGGUUUGAGGAGGAGCUGAUUGAUAUACUUCGUCAUGUUGGCCCUGUUUACAGGAUGGGUGAUUAUGUGUUCUAA